AUGAUUCAAAAAUGUAAUAAUGACAAUGAUUUUGCCAUGUAUAUCUGUAUAGCGGAAGCAAGCACCAAAACAAACCCAAAUAUGGCUAUUACUCUAACAAGUUCUAAGCACUUUCUUUCUCUUCCAAACCCUAGUAAACAUCAUCAACAUCAACAUCAAAUUCCUCAUAAAUUGAUUUCAUGCAAAGCCACCAGUACCAUCAUUAUUAAUAAUGAUACCAACUUGUACAAGGUCCUUUCAUUGAACCCUAAAGAAUCAAGCCUAGAAGAGAUAAAGAAAGCUUAUAGAAACAUGGCUCUGAGAUAUCAUCCUGAUGUUUGCCACGGCCACUCAAUGACCAAGGAAGAGUCUACAGAGAUGUUUCUGCAAGUGCAAAAGGCUUAUAAGACACUGUCAGAUCCUGUGUUACGUGAAGAGUAUGAUAAUGGGCUGUUGAUGGGAAUGACAAGAGGUUUUAGGGCAUCAAGGAAUGAUUCUUUAGCUACAAGAAAUAGAUGGAGAGAUCAGCUUGUUGAGUUGAAGAUAAGGUCUAAGAACCGUAUGGCUCAAAGGGAGGGUUCUUGGGCUAGUCGGAUGAGGACUCAAAAACAUAACAAAGACUAGUCAAUAAGUUUUUGGUUUUAAUUAUUUUUAUUUCUUUUAUUGAUUAUUGAUUCUUUUAUGUUUUAUCAAUUAUUUAUUUAUUUAUUCGAUCAAACAAAUUGUUUGAUUUUUGAAUUAUUAUUUUUUCUCAUUUUUUUUAGAAUUUAUUGAAUGAAAUUGGAGCACUUCUUUUAUACUCCUUAUCCCUCUAUUUAUUUAUAAUAAAAAUAAAAUUAAGGUAACUACUCUUGCGCCAUGUUUGGUUUAUAUGGAAUGGUAUAGAUAUAGAAUAAAACAGUAAUUAUAAAGCUAUUUCUAAAUAAUUUGUAAGCCACCCUUUCAUUCAUGAGCUUACAUUAACUAUUCAAUAACAGAAUUAUAAUUAAAUAUCAUACAAAUUAAUGUGUAAACACUAUGAUAGUGGUGGUGAUG